AUGCCACGAAUUGUGAAACCGCCCAUUAAAGCUGCCUGUCUGGCAUGGUCCGGACAUCGAAAACACGUUGUGAUGGUCAACAUCCAUGUGGAAGUUGCUCUGGCAAAAAGAAAGAGUGCAGUUAUCAACCCAGUCGCCGUGGUGGUCCUCGCAGAGGAGCCCGGUAUGAAGAAGCGCGUCGUCCAACCAGAUCGGGCAAUUCACUACCCCCUUCCUCAUUGUCAGAUAGUGCCAAUGAAAUUGUCAGAGCCAUUCCUUGACAGUAUGAUUGGCCUGGUAUCACCAUUCGCCGGGAUCCACAAUCUCGAUAUGUCCCCAGAUUCCCUGUCUGCAGAUGGAGCCCACCAAAUAUGGGGCCAGCUCACUCCACACGACGAUAGUUCCUAUGACUCCGCUUCUUUGCCAAGUGCAGGUACUUAUCUGAUACGCGCCUAUCAAUCCGAAGUAGAAAUCAUCAACGCAUACUAUAUUUACAUUCAUCCAUAUCUGCCUCUGCUACCGCCUCCAGUGGCGCCGCAGUAUGAAGACCAGCCAACGGUGAUCCGACCACCAGGGGACAGCUCACAACCCUCAAAGUCGGAUUUGCCUCACUGGCCGACCUCGUCGCUGAGCCUGGCAUUAUCCGCACUGCUAGUUAUGGUACCCGUUGCCGAAGACCGGUUUCCAGUAGCAGAAAUAAGCCUGGCACUGAAGAGAUCUUAUGCUCAGCUAUUUGCGCAAGCGGCACUAGCAGCCGUGGAAGCUGAAAUUGACAAUUUGUCGCCUGCAAGUCCUUCUAUGUCCGGGUCAGGCUCUUUGCAUUCUCGGAUGCCUGCCCAAGUUACUCCGGUGGCUGCUCUCGUGGUCCUGAGUAUCUACGAGUAUUGCCAGCGUGGUAAUGUAUCUAGAAUGCGGGCUCGAGGGAACCAGGCUAUAACUACUGCUAUGGAUAUCUCGAUCCAUAACCUUGAUUCGACGGAAACGGAGUUUUCUGAGGCCCAAAGACGAGCUUGGUGGAUGACUAUAUGGGUGACUUACUUGUCCUCCAACCUUCAUUUAACUCCGCCAAUUGUUUCUUCAAGCGACCCACGGAUUACCACCCCUUAUCCAAAAUUCGAUGUCUUCUUAGAGGUAUUUGUUGCCCAACGCGAGAGACGUAAAUGCACCACUGACAUCUUCAAGCCAUGGCCCAUGAUUAUGAAAGCACAAGAGGCUCUUUUCGAAUGCAACAAAGUGGUCCAGAACAUCGAAAGUGUAGACGAGCAAGCCGUCCCACCCGAUUUCAGUAACCGAAUACGCAAUCUUGACUCGCAAAUCGUAUCCUUGAUGACCGAAGCGGAUCGCCACACCCUAACAACCUUCGACGAAGGACCCGAGGCGCCCAUAGCUCAGACCAUGUGGAUGAUAAGCCGGAUGUUCAUCCACGCUUCUCGCACCCGACUGCACCGCUUCCGGGCAUUCAUGGACAUCCCCCUUUUUCUCGACAAAUACUGCGAUCUCGCAUCCAUCAACAGCCACGGCUUCUCGCACUUCUCGCCCCCAAAAUGGGUCACCGACAGCGGAGUCUCGUUUCCAUUCACCGAGCAAGAAUCCUCAAAUAUCUGCCUCAAGUCUUCUCUGGUGGUAACGACAAUAUUCCGUACUUUGCCGUAUCCGAAAUCACUCGGCUAUGCCUGUUCUGGGUCGAACAGAUAUCCAAAAACGAUUCCUUACUUUGCAUGCUCUGCUAUGCAGAGCUGUUAUGCUCUUCUUAUGCUACUGCAUCGACUUCGGGCCUCUUUGGCGACAGAUCGUCUGGCGGAUUGUUAUCAUUUGCUUGAUAGGCCGAGCCUGGAAUCGGAGAUUGCUGAUGCGGAGCGACUGCGGGAGGAGUUGCGGCAUGGUGUGGAGAUUCUGGGGAGAUCUCUCAAGUCGGAUGUGAUUUUUGAGGGUGUCGGG